AUGGAUGAAACCAUCUCUCAGCAAAGCUCAUAAAUAAAAUUAUCAUAAUCAGCCUUUAAGCUUGUUAGUAAUAUAGUGAGUAAAUCUGAAGAUAUACUUUAAGAGGAGAUUGAAGAUUAUUUGAAAUUGAAGGGUAGGCUAGUAUUCUCAGAUGGUGAAGAUAAUCAAUUAAUAAAUAAAGUAUCAUCAGAUUAAUUCUUAGGCAUAAUAGUCUUCAAUUAGCCAGAUCUUACAAAAUAAUCAUCAAACUAUGAGCAAGAACAGCUCCUUGAAGAUGAUGCUACUAAUGUGUAGAUUGGAAGUGAAAAUAAUUAGGACUAGGAGACAGCAUAACUUCAACAAUAAUAAGUCAUCGAUAGAACAAGCUCCUCUGCAAAUAUGAUGGACCUAUUUAAUAAUCUUGAAGAUUAAUACCCUCAAUUCGAUGUCUUUGACAUGAACUUUAAUGAUCCUAAACCUUUACAUUACAAGCAAGAUUGGAUUUGUAGUCUUCCUCAAAAUAAUCAUGAUUCAUUAAAUCACUUAAUUCAGACCUUUAAUUAAGACUAGACAAAUUAUUAAGAGCUAUUAGCUGCUGAAUAGCCAAACCCAACUGAAGAUGACUUCAAUGAUCCAGAUGACACAAUAAUUUUUACUUAAAUCUAAAAGUCAUUGAGUAAAAAGUCAUCAGCAAAAUCAUUAGACCGUCCAGAUGUGAUUUCAAAAACAAUCUUUCGCAUUUGUAGAUCAUUUUACACAUCUAAAUUAGAUUGCCAAAAGAAAUAGGAUUAGUAAGAUCAAAACUAAACACUGAAUCUAACUCUUCUAGAGACUCUAGAUAGUUUGUCGGAUAAGCUUUUAAAAGGUUUCGAUUAUGCAGUAAAUUAAUGUUAGGAGAGUUUCGCAAAUUAUUUGCUGGCGCUUAUCUUCCCGAAAUGCAUUCAAAUGAUCGAUAGGGAAGAUUCAAUGAAUGAUGAUGAUGAUGACAAUGAAGAUAGCUCAAAUUCAUCAAAUUUAUCUUCAAAAGAAAAACCCUGGGUGGUCUUUGGGCCUAAAUAAAAGAAGCGAAUAAAGAUCAUCUAGGAAAUAUCAAACCAAACAUAAAGUGUCUUAUAUACCUUUAACAAGAAAAAUCUAAGAGCCUUCCUGGAAAUCAAUGAAAAUGUUCUCAUUUUAAGACAUUUUCUUACAAAAACAAUUAGAGUAUUUGAAAACUACUUCUAAAUUUAUGAUAGGAUAAGCAAGAUAAAAGUAUGCCAAAGGAAAAAGUAUAAAACAAAGAAGAAUAAAAAAGGAAUAAGCUCGUAUUAGAGAAGAUUGAGAGUUAAUUAUAUGCAGAAACCUAUAGAUGAGCGUACUCUACUAUUGUUUAAUCAAGCCAUUCAUUAGCUUUAUGAGAAGACCAUUAAAUGA